AUGGAAAAAUCAUUAUCAAAUAAUUCUACGAAUAGAAAACGACAGUCAACAAUAGUACAAACUGAGUGUAAAAUUUGUGGAGCUCCUGCUAAAUAUUCAUUUUUUGGCGUAGUUUCAUGUAAUACAUGUAAAAUGUUUUUCAAACGAAAUGGUGAACGUGGAAAAGAAAUAUUGAAAUGUCUCUAUGAUGGUCAUUGUGAAAUAAAUAUAAAUAAUCGUCAUAUAUGUUCUUGUUGUCGACUGAUCAAAUGUUUAAAUAGUGGAAUGCAAGUUAAGUUGAUUCGAUCUUCGCAUCCAAAAAGAAACAAAACUAAUCGAAAAAAAAUCUUAAUAACCAGUUCGCAACAAACAGCAUCAACAAUUCUGUCUAAAUUAAAUGAACCUCAACAGUUUUCUACUUUGAACCUUUUACAAUCGGAUCAAUCGACAUUAACUAUUGAUCAAUGGAAUUUGCUUUCAAAUUUGUCGCAUUGUUAUGAUGAUCAUAGUGGACUAUCAAUAGGUAAACGUUUCAUGCUUGCAAGAAAUGUUCUACCACUUAAAUUACGUUGGAAAAAAGGAUCAGUAGUGGAAUUAAUUGAAAUGUCAUUAAAUACAUGUCAAUCAUUAUAUACAAAAAAUCAAGAUUUUCUCUCUUUAUCUGCUCGAGAUCGUUCGAUUUUACUUCAUAAUACAUUUAAACAUACGGGAAGUCUUUCGUCGAAUUUUAUUAUCUAUAAAAUUCAUAUAAUGGAUUGUCCUACUUAUUUAAAUGUUGUUGAAAUGGUUACUCAUUCAAAUGUAAUACCUGUUGCUAAACUCUAUUCAAAUAUACCUGCAGUUAAUUUAUCAAAUAUUAAAGAAAUCUUACGUAUUCAAGAUACAUAUAUUGAAUUAACAUGGCAAUAUUUACUUUACAAAUAUGAUUUCGAGCGAGCUGUUAAAUGUUUAUCUGAUUUUAUUAGAUGUUUCUUUGCUAUUGAUGAAGCUGUUGUUACAAUGCGUGAUGUUCAAUGGCUAACAGAUACAAUUUCGUCAAUUGUUAGCCAAAUUGAACAAAGUCUUACUCUCAAUUAA